AUGGAGAAGAGUCAGGGAAGUAGAACACUUGGUACCAGCAAAGCAGUCACAAAUAGGAGAAGAUCAAACAGGGAAAGGAAAAUAGCCUUAUUACAAGAUGUUGAUAAGCUAAAAAGGAAGCUUAGACAUGAAGAGAAUGUUCAUAGAGCUUUGGAGAGAGCUUUUACCAGACCUUUAGGGGCACUUCCUCGGCUUCCUCCUUACCUACCUCCAUAUACACUAGAGUUGCUUGCUGAGGUAGCUGUUUUGGAAGAGGAAGUUGUCAGGCUUGAAGAGCAAGUAGUGAGUUUUAGGCAAGGCCUUUAUCAAGAAGUUGUCUAUGCAUCUUCCAAGAGGAAUGUGGAGAAUUCGAAUGAAUCCACCGUCGAGCAGUCUCCGGUUCGACAUACUAAACAUCAGCGUUCGAAGUCUUUGUCCAUAAACGAGAUGAGUCCUGUACCAGCCAUUUCCAGGCCUCAACCGUCUCUUUCCAGAAGUGUUUCAAGCAGAAAGCUGUUGCCUCCUGAUACUAUUCAUGAUCGAUCUGGACAGUGCAUUAGCAGGCUGACAACUGGGAGACAAGCUUCCGCAAAGUCCAAUUCUGCUUCUGGAGAUGUCAGAGGAAAAGAAAGCCAAUCACUUGCCAAUGCUUUGAAGGAUAAACAAUCUCCAGGUAAGAAAGUUUCCAACAUUGUGACUCCAGUAAAGAGACUUAAAACCAAGCUUGAAUCAACAGACAAAUGUUUGGAGCCUCUUAAGGUGCAGGGAUGGAUGGACAUAGGAUAG